AUGAUUAGGGUUUAACUGCUGCUAAUUUUAGUAGGAAUUAUUAUUGGAUAGGCCAAAGAGUAUUAAUUACCACUUAAAUUAAAUAUGACAGAUGUAGGAUGUGAUUACAUCGAACAUUUUGAAUUUACUCUGGCCGAUAAUACAGCCUAAGUGAUUGGUUAGUUUAAUUCUACAGGAGGAUUUUAUUAACUAAGUGGCUUCAAAGAUUAUUAAGGUGUAGUGGAUAACAAAUUACAUGCUUGUGAUAUACAUUACACAACUUGGUAAUAUUCAAUCAAACAAAUGAGAUUAUACAGAAAGGCUCAAAACUUAAUAAUUGUUGAAUAGGAUGCAUAAUUGUAGAGUGCAUAGAGUUAGGAACUGGAACUUUAAUUAAUAUUUGAACAGACUCAAUAUGAUUUGUAAUCGAACUAAGAACUUGCUGAUAGAAAAACAGCUAUUGUUUCAGUGUUCUUUACUACUGGUUACUCAGGAAUAUAAUCUCAUUUACCUGAUGGAAUAGAUAUGCUUCUUCCAUUUACAUAAAUUAAUCGUAAAAAGCCAACUUAAUAAUUUAAUGUGGAUUUAAAUCCAGAUCGAUAAUUGGAUGCCAUAUAAAGAUAUUUCUUUUAGUAUAUGACUUUUGUUGGUAAGGACGGAGAUAAACUGUAAAACAUGUACUUUAACAGAAAAAAAUUUUACAUUCCUUAAUCAUUUGUAGAUACAUUCUUUGGUACCUCACAAGAAUACUAAACUAUCCCAAAUUCAAAUCCAACCGCUGUCUCAUAAGAUGAAAUGGAUGAAGAGAUGGUAAAGAUAUGUUAUGGAACUUUGGAAGAAACUGUUUUAAGAUAGAAUUACGCUGUUUGGCUUUGGAUUGUCGGAUUAUUAGUGUGGUGGAUUGUUAUGGUUUGCACUGAAAACGAUACAGAAUCAGUAUUUUUGGAAGAAUACAAAGAUAACAGAUUAACUAUGAUUCCUUUGUACAGUAUGUACAAAUUAAACAAUGAUAUAUUCUUCUCAAAAUUAUCAAGGUAAUCUCAUUAUUUGUUAUACUUUGCUUGGGAAAUUCUAAUAAUUUCUAUAUUAUAUGGAUAAUUCCAUGAAGAUAGAACUUACGAAGUUGGAGAUGCAAUUAUUCUUUGGUAUGGAAUUGUAGCAAUAGUACUCGCUUGGCCAGUGGGCUACUUUUUUGGAUGGAUCGUUUUUACUGCUAGGGAGUAACACAAAGAAAAAAUUAAAUUGGAGAUAGAUUAUAAACAAAUUACUAGCAAAUAAUCUCCAGAAGCUGAAAAAUUACAUGCAGCCAUAUUAGAUGAAGAGAAUAGAAUGUACACAACUUGGUAUGUGUAUUAUGGAUUUAUGUUUCUGGCAUUGUGGGCUUGCGUCCUAAUAAGCAUAUGGAUGAUGAAGUUUGUAGAUGCAGACACUUCAGCUUAUUGGGUGGCCACAAUAUUUGUUAUGAUCUUCAUGGAUCAAAUUGUGUUGGAUUCAAUUGUUCCUUUUCUACCAUUGAUUGGGGCUGUUCAAAAAUAUAGAGGAUAUUGGUAUGACGCAGAAUUGGCAAGUUUAUGGAAACAUCGUGAAGAAUUAUGAUUUUACAAUAAAACAUAACAUCAUUCCAUUUCAUUUCCA